UUUCCCGGCGUGCUUCCAUAUGCCGGCGGCGCCGGCUCCCGGCGCCAUUUUGCUCCGCCGAGAGGCCCUAAGAUGGCGGCGAGGGAGAGGAAGAAGGUUGCCACCCGCUCAGCAGGUCUCUAAUCAGCUAUCUCUCCCUGUCUCCCGACAGCCGGCCCAUGGCCUGGCGGAGGCCCAAACCAUGGACCUCCGCACCGCCGUGUACAAUGCCGCGCGCGACGGCAAGCUGCAGCUGCUCCAGAAGCUGCUUAGCGGCCGGAGCCGGGAGGAGCUGGACGAGCUAACCGGCGAGGCGGCUGGCGGGGGUACGCCGCUGCUCAUCGCCGCCCGCUACGGCCACCUGGACGUGGUGGAGUACCUAGUGGACCGCUGCGGCGUUAGUGUGGAGGCCGGUGGCUCGGUACACUUUGACGGGGAGACCAUCGAGGGCGCGCCGCCGCUGUGGGCUGCCUCCGCCGCCGGCCACCUGGACGUGGUCCGGAGCCUGCUGCGCCGCGGGGCCUCGGUGAACCGCACCACGCGCACCAACUCCACGCCGCUGCGUGCCGCCUGCUUUGACGGGCACCUCGAGGUGGUGCGUUACCUGGUGGGCGAGCACCAGGCCGACUUGGAGGUAGCCAACCGGCACGGGCACACCUGCCUUAUGAUUUCCUGCUACAAGGGCCACCGUGAGAUUGCUCGUUACCUGCUGGAGCAGGGCGCUCAGGUGAACCGGCGCAGCGCCAAGGGCAACACCGCCCUGCACGACUGCGCAGAGUCUGGCAGCCUGGAGAUCUUGCAGCUGCUGCUGGGCUGCAAUGCCCGCAUGGAACGCGAUGGCUACGGCAUGACCCCGCUGCUUGCCGCCAGCGUGACAGGCCACACCAACAUUGUGGAGUACCUCAUCCAGGAGCAACCCGGCCAGGAGCAGGCUGCCGGUGGAGAAGGUCCUCCCCCCAGCCAGGGGUGCGUGCAGCCCCAGGGAGCUCAAUGUCACAGUUCCUCCCCGGAGGAACCUCCAAACGGUGAAUCUUAUGAAAGCUGCUGCCCCACCAGCAGAGAAGCUGCUGUGGAAGCCUUGGAAUUGCUGGGAGCCACAUAUGUGGAUAAAAAGCGAGAUCUGCUUGGGGCUCUCAAACACUGGAGGCGAGCCAUGGAGCUGCGUCAUCAAGGGGGCGAGUACCUGCCCAAACCAGAACCCCAGCAGCUAGUCCUGGCCUAUGACUAUUCCAGGGAGGUGAACACUACCGAGGAAUUGGAAGCCCUGAUAACCGACCCGGAUGAAAUGCGCAUGCAGGCCCUGUUAAUCCGGGAGCGUAUCCUCGGCCCCUCUCACCCAGAUACUUCCUAUUACAUCCGUUACAGGGGUGCGGUAUAUGCUGACUCUGGCAAUUUUGAGCGCUGCAUCCGCUUGUGGAAGUACGCCCUGGAUAUGCAGCAGAACAACCUGGAGCCUCUGAGCCCCAUGACCGCCAGCAGUUUUCUCUCCUUCGCAGAACUCUUCUCUUACGUGCUGCAGGACAGGUCAGCCAAGGGAGGCCUGGGCACACAGAUUGGCUUUGCAGAUCUCAUGGGAGUGCUCAGCAAAGGUGUCCGGGAAGUAGAACGGGCCCUACAGAUGCCCAAAGAACCUGGGGAUUCAGCCCAGUUUACCAAGGCCCUGGCUAUUAUACUCCACCUGCUCUACUUGUUGGAGAAAGUGGAGUGCACACCCAGCCAGGAGCACGUGAAGCACCAGACCAUCUACCGCCUGCUCAAGUGUGCCCCUCGUGGCAAGAACGGCUUCACUCCUUUGCACAUGGCUGUGGACAAGGAGACCACAAAUGUGGGCCGCUACCCAGUGGGCAGAUUCCCCUCCCUCCACGUGGUGAAAGUGUUGCUUGACUGCGGUGCUGACCCAGACAGCAGGGACUUUGACAACAACACCCCACUGCACAUAGCAGCCCAGAACAACUGCCCUGCAAUCAUGAACGCCCUGAUCGAAGCAGGGGCCCACAUGGAUGCCACCAAUGCCUUCAAGAAGAUGGCCUAUGAGCUGCUGGAUGAAAAGCUGCUGGCCAGGAGCACCAUGCAGCCCUUCAACUACGUUACCCUGCAGUGCCUUGCAGCCCGAGCCUUGGACAAAAACAAGAUACCCUACAAGGGCUUUAUCCCAGAAGAACUGGAGGCUUUCAUUGAACUGCACUGACCUGCCGAGAGUGUUUGCUCCCUUGGAGGAGUCUCCAGGGUGUGUGGCAGAUUCUUGUUUUUACCUUCUCUGAACAGGCAGCAAAUCAGGAUAAGGGCUCUUCCUCUUCUUAUCCCCUUUGCCUGCAGGCAGAGGGGAAGGACUUAGUGAGCUGUUGGUGCUAGAAGCCUUCAUGAUCACAUGCUAGGAGGACAUUCUCCAGAAGCCCACCCAUCCAUCCUGAAUUGGGAAAAGAUGCAAGACCUUCCCUGUAUCCUGUCUACCUGGGUUUUAGCAGCCUUUGCCUUUUUACCUAGAGGCAGAGGGACAAAAGCCAUUGCCUUCCUUCCCUACUUGAAAUGCAGGAAGAAGUUGAGAAUUGAUCUGCCUUCCCUUGCCUGUUUAUGUGGCGGAUAAAUCUAGCUGCCAAAUACAGUAUUAGCACUGGGGGCUCCCAAGGUCAAGAGUUCGAAUAUCAAGAUGCAAGACCACCUUUUACUUCUUCCAGCACAUUAAUGCCCCGCUCUUGCAUCACCACAGUCAUGGGUGUGCAGGCAGGGCAGCCUGCCUCUUGCAUAGCGUUCAUUUGGUUUGGUGUUCUGUUUAUUUAAUAAGCAGGUUACAAGCGUUGCACAGAAGUUCUGAGAUUUUACUGCCUUUUUUUUUUUUUUUUAAAGAAUGUCGUUUGUCUGACUCCAAUAUAAGUUAAUUUCAAGCAAUGAGGAUUUUGUGGUGCCUGAGAUGGCUAAGGGCAUAGGGAGUGAGCUUUAUUCUGUGGAGAAUUUGAUGAGCAAGGGAAAAGUCCAUGGUAGGGAUCCCUAUGAUGUGGGUGAUCUUAGGUUUUUAUAAAACUUCGUUGUUCUGCCUUUUACAGGACUCCUAACUUUUGUUAGAGAACUGUUCUUCAGAACAAAGAUCAGGGUAAGUGCCAAAAGAGUGACAACAAAGCUUCACAACAGUUUGCCAUCCAGCAAGCACUAGCAUGGUCAGUUUGAGUCUGGAUUGGCACCGUUUUUGAGUUCCAGCUACAGGCCACUCAGCCUCACAGAUCUCACACAGUUUUUCUCAUUUCAUUGUGGACAUAUCCACAAGUGGCCUGACCCACUUUGGGGGGGCGUUUAUUGGCUGUUCCACCAACGAUCUGAAUCUAAGUCUUCCUGAGAAAGGCCCAAGCACAGCACUAACUCAGUACAUCCGAUAGCUAAGACACUGAGUGUCAGGAACAACCUGCCAGUUGAGAUUUGUAUAAAGUCUCAUUGUCUCAUAACUCAGGGUGGUGCUAGAGAAUCUGCCCCAGCAAGAGUUUUCUCGGGAACAAGAUCACACGAGCCUUGGUAGGCAGGAGCAGGUUCUUCAUCUGUGUGGGGAACAGUGCAUAACAGAAGCAAAGCAACUACCCCUUGUGGCUCAGGAGUAGAGACUCAUUCAGGAGAGCAGAAUCCUCUCUGCCUGCCUCGCUCUCACAUGGCAGGCCCUUGGGAGCAGGGUCAGUGGGCACUCCAACAUCCUGCUCCUUGAAGGAAAUUAGGCCUUGUUUGGAUUUGCAGUGUUUGUUAGGAAAUUAUUUAUUUACAAGACAAGGUUUCAAGUUAACUCAGCGAAGGCAGGAAUGUUCCUGUCCCUUUCAAAGCACAGAAUAAAGAAAUGAGACCAUUUAAA